GUUUCUCAUCCAUUGCGCAGGCGUUACAAAAAUGUUGAACCAUGAUCUGGUCACAUUAAAUACAGUCGCGAACUCAUCAUCAUUUCAUACAGUGAAUUUCACAAUGUCCCUAGAAAAGGAAAUCUUUACAAAUUCCGAAUACAUGUCGGAUUACACUUAUGUCGUAAAAGUUGCUCGUACUUUACUCACCCCUCUUGGAAUUUGGCCGCGAUAUGACUUGAGGAAACUGAUGAAGAUCAUCGCAGCCCAGGUGUUCAGCAGCCUCGGAGUCAUUAAAUUCUGGACAAUGAUUAUCAAUAAAAAAGAAAUUGGAAGUUGUCUCGAGGAUAUAGAAAAGAAUUUUAAAACCGUAGAGACAAAGGAGGAUCUAGAAAUAAUGUUAAAGAAUGCAAAAAUUGGGAGAAUGUUUACAACAGCUUAUUUGGGCCUGUCUUAUGGCGGAGCCCUUCCAUAUCAUAUUAUCAUGCCCCUAGUUGCAGAAAGGGUUGUGAGAGCAGAUAAUUCAACGAUCAUUCCUUUACCAUAUUUGACUGAUUAUGUUUUUUUCGAGGCUGAUGACUCCCCUUUGCAUGAGUUCAUUUUUGUGCUGCAGAUUUUUAUCAGUAGUCUUAUUUUGUCAACAAAUUGUGGCGUUUACAGUAUGCUGGCGGGAAUAAUUAUGCAUGCUGUCUGUCUUUUUGAAAUUGUGUGCAAAAGGUUACAGGAUGUUAGAACUGAUGGAAAUAUUGAGAAGCUGGUGGCUGAAUUGGGAGGAAUCAUUCGAAUGCAUAAUCGUGCUAUCGAGUAUGCUGAAAGGAUAGAACGUUCAUUAAAUGUCGUAUUCCUUUGCGAAGUUCUUGGAUGUACGGUUAUUAUAUGCUUUCUUGAGUACGGAGUUCUGCAGGACUGGGAAGAUCAUGAAGUUCUAGGAAUGGUGACUUAUGUUAUUUUGAUGAAUUCCAUUUUCGUGAAUGUUUUUAUAAUUUGUUAUAUUGGUGAAAAACUAAAAGAACAGUCUAGUCUAGUUGGAAUAUCAACAUAUUCCAUACAAUGGUACAAUCUUCCAAAACAUAUAGUCAUGGACUUAGCGUUUUUAAUGAUGAGGUGCGAACAUCCGUCUUGCUUAACAGCAGCAAAAAUGUCCGAUCUUUCGCUUGAAGCUUUCACUGGUGUGUGCAAAACAUCAGCAGCUUACUUAAAUUUCCUACGAGAUGCAAACGGGAUACUAGACGCUUUGGGAGACUUUUUUAAGGAAUUAUUAGGAGAUGAAGCUAUAGGAAAUCACAACUACGAUAUAGAACAAUAUGCGUUAGAAAACCGAAUUAAGAGAGUCUGUGCCUCUGAGGUUAAUGAUAUAAUUAAGAACUUAAAAAAUAGUAAGGCUGUUGGUGAAUACAGUGGUAAAGCGAGUGUAAAGGUUAAUGGGAAAGUGAGUGACUGGUUCAAUAUUAUGCAAUGCGUUAGAAAAGGAUACGUUAUGUCCUCAUGGCUACUUAUUUUAUUCAUGGACAAGUAUCACAGAAUGGCCCUAUUUGACGAAGAAGGUGUAGAUCUUGGGACAGUGAGGGUAUGUGGAUUAGUGUUUGCAGAUAAGGUUGUUAUGACUGAGUCAAUCGAAGAGUUACAUCAGAUGCUAAGUAGCGAUCAGUCUCUAACUUCUCUUGAAGCUUGCACCAUGGGUAUAUCAGAAAAUGAGAAACACAAAUCUGAUUACAAAUUUGCCAUACAAUUAAAUCGGUGGCUCCUCAAGCCACUUGGAAUGUGGCCAUUAAGUCCUAAAGAUUCAAAAUUUCAAAGAUUCAUCUCAAAUGUUUGUAUAAUUUUCUGCGCUUUCUGUCUGACAUUCCUAACAAUUCCAGGAUAUUUGAAAAUAAUCGAAGCCAAAGAUUUUCAAAUGAAAUUAAGAAUUUUCGGUCCAUUGAGUUUUUGUUCGAUGAACACAAUAAAAUACAUUUGUUAUAUGUCGCAUCGCAAGAAAAUUGGAAUGUGUUUACAGUCAAUGUUUACUGAUUGGUGUGAAAUUAAUAACGAGGAAGAUCACACAAUUAUGAUGUCAAAUACAAAAAGAGCAAGAUAUUUUAUUAUAAUUUGUGCAACCUUUAUGUUCGGAGGGGGAUUUCCCUUCAGCACAGUUUUUCCCUUGCUUUCAAAGACAAUUAGACCUGAGGAUAAUGCGACAGUCAGAGAUUUGGCUUUUCCUGCUUAUUUUAUUAAAUUCGAUGCUCACGUUAGACCUUAUUAUGAUUAUGUUUAUUUUGUUCAAUUUUUGUCAUGCACCGUUACGUGUUCAAUGACUUGUGCAGUUUCUAGUGUUACGAUUCUUUUUGUUAUGCACAUUUGUGGGCAAUUACAAAUUAUUAUGGCACUUUUAAAUGAUUUGGUGCGAGGAGAACGAAAAAAAUUUGAGGCGAUUGAUCAAAGAAUAUCUUACAUCAUUGAAAGGCACCUCGGAACAUUACGAUUUGCAUCGGACUUGGAAAAUAUUGUUAAUGAAAUUUGUUUAGCUGAAUUUCUAGGAUCAACCCUAAAUAUUUGCUUACUAGGGUAUUAUUCAAUUACGUUACUCGAGAAUAAUGAAACGAAGGAUUUUUACAUCUACUUAACAUUAUGUACUUACAUUAUGCUCUUCACAUCAUAUCUAUUCAAUAUAUUUAUAAUUUGUUACAUCAGCGAUUUAUUAAUUUCCAACUGUGAAAAAGUGGGGAUGGUUGCAUACAUGAUUGAUUGGCAUUUUCUUCCUACAAAGAGGGCACGUGAUUUGAUUCUGAUCAUCAUAAUUUCUCAUCGGCCAGCAAAACUCUCAGCCGGAAAUAUGGUUGUUUUUUCUAUUACGUGUUUCUGCAGUGUUUUAAAAGCAUCAAUGGCAUACCUUAACUUUCUACACAAGUUUUUUACAUAAUGGCAAAUAAAUAGGACAUGAAGAAAAAUAUUAAAAAAAAAACAAUAAUUUCUGGUCUAUAUUAUAAA